AUGUUCCGGAGCGAAGAGAUGGCACUGUGCCAGCUCUUCAUUCAACCCGAGGCGGCCUACACUUCCGUCUCCGAGCUAGGCGAGGCAGGCACCGUUCAGUUUAGAGAUUUGAACCCCGACGUAAACGCGUUUCAACGCAAGUUCGUGAAUGAAGUCCGUCGGUGUGAUGAAAUGGAGAGGAAGCUGCGCUACAUCGAGGCGGAGGUGCACAAAGAUGGUGUGCACGUGCCGCAAGUCAAGGAGCCGCCACGCGCACCCAACCCCAGGGAAAUCAUUGAUCUUGAGGCUCAUCUGGAGAAAACGGAAAACGAAAUUCUCGAAUUGUCGCACAAUGCUGUCAACCUGAAACAGAACUACCUUGAGCUCACAGAGCUGAAGCAUGUACUCGAGAAAACUGAGGCGUUUUUCAUCGCCCAGGAGGAAAUCGGCAUUGAUUCAUUGACGAAGACUUUGGGGACGGAGGAGGGCGGGCAGCAGGCGGCGACGCGUGGGCGGCUGGGCUUCGUGGCGGGCGUGCUUCAGCGCGAGCGUGUGCCCGCCUUCGAGCGGAUGCUGUGGCGCAUCUCGCGCGGGAACGUCUUCCUGCGCCGCGCUGAACUCGACAAGCCGCUCGAGGACCCCACCUCCGGCAACGAGAUUUACAAAACGGUGUUCGUGGCAUUCUUCCAAGGAGAACAAUUGAAGUCGCGUAUCAAGAAAGUAUGCACCGGCUUCCACGCCUCACUAUACCCCUGUCCGCCUUCCAACACCGAGCGCCAGGAUAUGGUCAAAGGCGUUAGGACCAGGCUUGAAGACCUUAACAUGGUGCUGAACCAAACCCGCGACCACAGACAACGUGUUUUAGCCAGUGUAGCCAAGGAACUCGCCAGCUGGUCGAUUAUGGUGCGCAAGAUGAAGGCCAUAUACCACACUCUCAAUCUCUUCAACAUGGACGUCACAAAGAAAUGCCUGAUCGGCGAAUGCUGGGUGCCCACCGCUGACUUGCCCAAUGUACAAAAAGCCUUGGCUGAUGGAUCUAACGCAAGCGGAAGUUCGAUCCCUUCGUUCCUGAACUGCAUCGAGACAGACGAGGAGCCUCCCACCUUCAACCGCACCAACCGCUUUACGCGCGGCUUCCAGAACCUCAUCGAUUCUUACGGAGUAGCCUCCUACAGAGAAUGCAACCCUGCCUUGUACACAAUUAUCACAUUCCCCUUCUUGUUUGCUGUGAUGUUCGGUGACUUGGGACAUGGCCUCAUCAUGGCUCUGUUCGGUGCUUGGAUGGUCAUCAAGGAGGUGUCACUCGCUGCAAAGAAGACGAACAACGAAAUAUGGAACAUAUUCUUCGCCGGUCGCUAUAUCAUAUUGCUCAUGGGUUGCUUCUCAAUGUACACCGGGCUGAUCUAUAACGAUAUAUUCUCAAAGUCCAUGAACAUAUUCGGAUCGUCUUGGUACGUUCCGUACGAUAAUGACACACUCGAGAAGAACACCGCAUUCACAUUGGACCCUAAAGAUUCAUACAUCGAUAAACCAUACUUUAUCGGUAUCGACCCAAUAUGGCAGACCGCUGACAACAAGAUCAUUUUCCUUAACUCUUACAAAAUGAAACUGUCCAUCAUCUUCGGUGUCGUGCACAUGAUCUUUGGUGUCUGCAUGAGUGUCGUCAACUACAAUUUCUUUAAGCGCCGCUAUUCUAUCUUUCUGGAGUUCAUUCCACAAGUUGUGUUCCUGUGCCUGUUGUUCCUCUACAUGGUAUUUAUGAUGUUCUACAAGUGGGUUGCUUACAGCACUAUGUCCGAAGAUCAAGCGUACACGCAAGGCUGCGCCCCGUCCGUGCUGAUAUUGUUCAUCAACAUGAUGCUGUUCUCCAGCAACGAGCCGGAGCCGGGCUGCAAGGAGUUCAUGUUCGAAAACCAGGGCAGCAUCCAGCGCGUGUUCGUGCUCGUCGCUCUGUGUUGUAUACCAAUUAUGUUGUUCGGGAAGCCGCUCUACAUGCUGUCCGCUAGCAAGAAAAAGCAUUCUAAGACAGAAUCAUCAAAUGGAAGUGUGAACCCAGGCAUCGAGAUGCAGGAACAGACGGAUAUCAUCAACAGUCAGCCCCAGCCCAAAGCCAGCGCCUCUCACGAUCACGAGGAUGAACCGUUCAGCGAAAUUAUGAUCCAUCAGGCUAUACACACCAUCGAAUAUGUGCUCAGUACUAUCUCGCACACCGCGUCGUACUUACGACUGUGGGCGUUAUCACUCGCUCACGCAGAACUUUCGGAGGUACUGUGGAACAUGGUGCUGACAUUCGGUCUAAAGGACGCGAACUACAUCGGCGCUAUCAAGCUAUACGUGGCGUUCUGCUUCUGGGCGCUCUUCACGCUCGCCAUCCUUGUUAUGAUGGAAGGACUUUCUGCUUUCUUACACACAUUGCGUUUGCACUGGGUGGAGUUCAUGAGCAAAUUCUAUGCAGGCUUGGGCUACAUUUUCCAGCCGUUCUGUUUCAAGACGAUCCUCGAACAGGAGGAUGAGGAAUAA